GCCUUCCUCCCGUGUCCCCCGGGGGGGCGGGGCCGCGCCGGGCGGUUGGCCAAAGGCGGGCGGAGAGCUCGGUCUGAGAGGCGGAGCCCGCGACAGGCGGUCGCCGCCGCCGCCUCCUAUCGCGAAGGUCCUCGCCGGAGCGCUGAGCGUCUCCUCGGACGCGAUCCCGCUCUCCAGACCGAGUGAAAGGUCUUGCCUUCAAUUUGUAAAAAACGCAACAUCUGUGAAGUGCAAUAAAGUGAAGCACAGUACAACCAGAUUCUGAAAGAUGGCUGAUAAUUUGGAUAAAUUUAUUGAAGAGCGCAAAGCCAAAUUGGCCCAAGAAAAAGCAGAAUUGGAAAGUGAUCCGCCUUACAUGGAAAUGAAGGAAAAAGCAUCAGAGAAGCUUUCUGAAAACAGUAAAAUAUUAAUCUCCAUGGCUAAGGAAAACAUACCACCAAACAGCCAACAGACCAGGGGUUCCUUAGGACUUGAUUAUGGAUUGAGUUUACCACUUGGGGAAGACUAUGAACGGAAGAAACAUAAACUAAAAGAAGAAUUGCGGCAAGAUUACAGACGCUAUCUUACUCAGGGUAUUACAGAAGCAAAGAGAAAGAAAAAUUUUCUAUCCACGAGUGAAACAGAUCCAUCUACUCUGGGAGUUUCUCUUCCUAUUGGUGACAGGUUAUCUGCCAAGGAAAGGUUGAAACUUGAACGCAACAAAGAAUACAAUCAAUUUCUCAAGGGUAAGGAAGAAUCCACUGAAAAGUUCAGACAAGUAGAAAAGAGUACUGAGCAUAAAAGUCAAAGAAAUAAAAAACCUAUUGGUCCAAUUAAACCUGAUGUACUUUCACAAAUAAAAACAUCUUGCCAAAAUUCAGAAGGUCCCAGGAGAGAUGUCCUAACUCCUUCAGAGGCAUAUGAAGAACUUCUAAACCAAAGACGACUAGAGGAGGACAGAUAUCGACAACUAGAUGAUGAAAUUGAAUUAAGGAAUAGAAGAAUCACUAAAAAAGCGAAUGAAGAAGUGGACAUUUCCAAUAAAAAACAUCAAAGGUUUGCCAGCAAGGUUGACAUUCCAGAUAGAAGAUUUAGCAGGUUUAAUGAAGAUCGUGUCUUGGACAAACAGUAUUAUAUACCAGACCAAGAUCCUGAAGUAAGUGAAGAAAUGGACGAGAGGUUUAGAUAUGAAAGUGAUUAUGAUAGAAGACCUUUGAGAGUGUAUACAAAUGACAGGCUAUACGGGAACAGACGAGGGAAUGUGCCUCCUGUGGAGUAUGGUGAUGAUGUCACAGGACAGUCAAACAUACGAAUUUCAUCUGCUGGAAACAAAAGUGCUCGAGACAAUGAAGCAUCCAAAUCUACCCGAGAAAUCUGUAGUCCUUUUGCGGGGAUGCUCUUUGGAGGUGAAGAUCGAGAACUUAUUCAGAAAAGAAAAGAAAAAUAUAGACUAGAACUGUUGGAACAAAUGGCUGAACAAAAGGAGAACAAGAGACGAGAAAAAGAUUUGGAACUCAGAGUUGCAGCUUCUGGAGCCCAAGACCCCGAGAAAUCGCCCGAUAGAUUAAAGCAGUUGAGUGUGGCACCAAGAUACUAUGAAGAGACGAUCCCACCUGAAAGACCCAGAGUAGCUUUCCAGACCCCUCUCCCUCCUUUAUCUGCCCCCCAUUCCCCCUCCUGCCCCCCAGCUCCCUCCAUCCCACCGCAGAGUGAAGAUCUGUACAGUGGACUCAGCAGCACCCUUGGUGAAAUGGUGCCUCCCAGGAUUGCACCUCUGCCUCCACCUCCACUACUACCACCUUUGGCUACUAACUAUAGAACUCCUUAUGAUGAUGCAUACUAUUUUUAUGGAGCCAGGAAUACUAUGGAUCCUAGUCUUGCCUAUUAUGGGUCAGGAAUGAUGGGAGUGCAGCCUGCAGUUCAUGUUAAUGCUCCUGUUGCCCACUGGCCAGCACAGCCCAUUGUGAACACGGUUGGACAGAACGAAUCGAAAAUUACAAGUGAUAGAACCAUUAAUUCAGGAUUAUUUUUUGAAAAUAAGCCAAAGCCUCCAAAGCAGACACUUCAGUCUUACCAAGAAGCUUUGCAGCAGCAGAUUCGGGAAAGAGAACAUAGAAGGAAGAAAGAACGUGAAGAAAAGGAAGAAUAUGAAGCUAAGCUAGAGGCUGAAAUGAGAAGUUACAACCCCUGGGGGAAAGGUGGAGGAGGAGCUCCUCUCAGGGACACGGAGGGAAACCUGAUAACUGAUUUGAAUAAGAUGCACAGACAAAAUAUAGAUGCCUACCAUAACCCAGAUGCAAGACCAUAUGAAGAUAAAAGGGCUGUUGUAUCUCUAGACCAAAAUUUAGCCACUUCAAGUGCUGAGAGCCUAGAAGAUUCUGCAAAUAAAAACUCAGGACACAUGCAAAUGCAGAGCUCUCCUUUUGCUCGGGGAAAUGUAUUUGGUGAGCCCCCAACUGAACUUCAGAUUAGACAGCAAGAAUCAUAUAAGAAUUUUCUUCGGUUUCAGAUUGAGGAGAAGAAACAAAGAGAGGAAGCUGAGCGUGAGAGACUGAGGAUUGAAGAAGAAAAAGAAGAAAAACGGCUAGCAGAACAGAGGGCGCGGAUCCAGCAAGAGUAUGAAGAAGAACAGGAGAAGAAACGGGAGAAGGAGGAGGAGCAAAGACUAAAAAAUGAAGAGCUUAUUCGGUUAGCUGAAGAAAGACGAAAAGAAGCAGAAAAAAAGAAGAAAGAAGAAGAAGAAAAACAUAACAAACAACUUCAGCACUACUACGAAAGAGAAAAUAUAAUUGGGGAAGAAACGAAGCGCUUGAAACAGCCUUCUCCUGUGGUUCCUGCUCUACAGAACAAAAUUGCAGGCAAACUCCAAAGACCUCCUUCAGUUGACAGCAUUAUAAGUGCCUUUAUUCAAGAACGUUCCAUGUCCAGGUCACAGUCUCCUCCAGUACCUGCCAGGAAAAAUCAGCUCCGUGCAGAAGAGGAGAAAAAAAAUGUAAUUAUGGAAUUAUCAGAAAUGAGAAAACAGCUUCGUAGUGAAGAGCGGCGUCUCCAGGGGCGGUUGCUACACUUGGACAGUGACGAGGAGGUUCACAUACGGAAAAGAGAAAGGAGCCCCAUGGACGUAUUUGACAUGGCGCGACAUCGGGUGCAGGCUCCUGUCCGAAGACCGUCGCCGAAGGGCUUGGACUCGGCUACUUGGCAGAAUAUCCGGGACUUUAAUGAGCUGAAAGACAGAGAUUCAGAAACACGAGUAGAUCUGAAACUUAUGUACCCGGAUCCUCCAAGAGAUCAGUACACCUUAGAGAUUCAGCAGCAAGCCCUGCUGAGAGCGCAGCAGAAGAGACUGAACAGAAUAAAAAUGCAGGAAGGUACUCAAGUGGACUUGGAUGCCGUCCCAAGCGUUCAAGUACGAGAUCACAGAAUGCCCAGAGAUAACCCUAACGAUUUCUUAAAAAAUUCAUUAUUGGAAUCUGAUAGUGCUUUUAUUGGUGCGUACGGUGAGACAUACCCUGCCUUUGAAGAGGACGCCCUCCUUCCACCCGCACAGCUGCCCUCUGCAAGGGAGCGCAGGAGGAGCAAAUUGAAAGGACUGGCCUCUGAUAACAGUCUUCCUAAUGUACCACCAGAUGAUCUCUCUUUGAAAUCUGUAUCCAGUAUAAAUAUUGAUCAGAUUAGAAUGAGAAAUGAAGAACGAAUGCGAAGAUUGAACGAACUCCAGAAUAAACCCAUUAAUACAGAUGACGAGAGUUCACUGGUUGACCCUGAUGACUUCAUGAAGCAUUUGGGUGACGAUGGAUCAAACUCUGUAGCAACUGAACCCUGGCUCCGCCCGGGCACCUCAGAAACGCUGAAACAGUUCAUGGCAGAGCAACUGGACCAAGAGCACCAGCAGGUUCCUGGAAAGCCAGGCACGUUCACUUGGCAGGGCCUGUCUACUGCACACGGUUAAAAUAAACCUGCGUUGGACCCAGCAGUGCCUUCUAAGGUGAAAAGGGGUGUUUACUCUGAACCUUUAAUAAUAUGUGCUACUUUGACCCCUACCUGGAAGUUACUUAUGUCAUCUGUGUAUAAGGUGAUGUAUAUAAUGUAUAUUAUGUACAUAAAUAAAAGGCCAUGAUUAAUUUAUAUAUAAUGUAGAAUUAUAUAGAAUUAUUUUUGCAGUUUUGCCAUAAAUCAGGGUGGUAAUGAACUCAACUACCAUACGUGCAUUAUUGUAAAUUCCGCUUAUCGGUGGUAAAGUAGAAUGAAUAAAACAAGUGUAUUAACAAUCUUGUAAAACCAGGAAACCCUGUUAUAUGUACACUUGUUAUUGCUGUUGAAAUAAUUCAUUAGUAAAUACAUUAGCUGUCACUUAUUCCAGUUGCUACGUAAUGAGAAUCAAAUUAUUUCCAUGUUAUUUAUAACUACAGAUUCAGUAUAAAUGAUGGGAGUCACAAUUGAUUUUAUUCCCCAAGCCAUGCACUAAAAUGUUACAUCCUUCUGCCUCUAUUUCUGUGCCAAUUAAGGGAUUAAGUUUACUAAUUUAUAUGAUUUAACUACUUCUUGAUAGAAAUAAAUUAUUUUUAUUACCAAUG